AUGGAUUAAGGCUCCUGGUCCUUCGCUGCAGUCAUAAUUAUAACGUCAGAAUAUAGCGAUGGACCAGCAGACUUAAUGAUGUUUCCUGAAUUGCUAGAAAUCGACGGACUCAAGAUUGAAGCCAUUCGGGAAUCCCGUGCAUUCUUCCUGGAGACAUCGUCGAGUACUGCCGACAUAAGCAGCACAGAGAGCAGUAAAGAAAACAGAGGAGCGAUAAGAACAAUGCGCGUUCGUUACACUUGCACUGUUUGUUCCUUCCCGUGCCGAACGAGAGCGGCUUUCAGGAAACAUAUGCAACUUCACAAAAAUACGUGCAAAAUCUGCAAUGAGCUGUUUGAAUCGUCGGAUAAACUAGAGAGGCACAUGGUCAUACAUCACGGCGAGCCCAAGUAUUCUUGUCAAUUGUGUUACUUUGUUACUUGGAAUCUGCCGGACAUGAAGGAUCACUUCGUCGUGAGACACUUGGAUCCUUUUUGCAAUAGCUGCAGCAUCUGCAAUAGGACAUUUCCGACGAAAUACGCUAUCGAGCGACAUAUGUGUAAGCAACAUAGCAAUCUUUCUGUAGCGUGCACUAUCUGUAAACGCAUCUUUAACAAUCUUACGAAAUUGAAGACGCAUACCAGGUUCGUUCACUUAAAGUCCGGUUACCAGUGUGAACUCUGCAAACAUCGUCUCAGCACUUUAGCUUCUCUAGAAACGCAUAUCCGUCGACACAAAGCUAAACAAAUCACGCCAAAUUUGGACACCUAUAUUUGUACAACAUGCGGAGAUACUUUUUUCAACAAACCUAAUUUAAACAAACACAUGGCUAUUCACGGCAAGAUUAAUCCUUAUAUCUGUCCGGUCUGUCAAAAAGCCUUCGAGAAACGAUCAAAUCAAGUACAACAUAUUUUAACGCAUAUGACUAAUGUAUACGAGUGCGACAUUUGCGGAGUGAAGUUCUCACGAAGGGCCCACUUAAUUAUCCACAGGAAAACGCAUCCUGGACCGCUUGGGCCAUUACCGAUUAUACCUGUGAUUGGCAUUGUGAGCGAAUUCGUUAAAGAUUACAUAAACAAAACUAAAAACUUACCAAAAAUGGAAUCUUAAGUAAUAGAAAUUAUUGUUAAGGUGAUUCGAGUGUGACAGUAUUGCUAAAAGUAAUGCUUUCGUUAGGAGAUAAUAGAGAAAUUCUCAUUUAUACACACGAAACUUGAUGAUUGUCCGAAAUACUAUAGUCUGAUAUGUAUAUUAAAUUGUACAAAUACGCAUUAUCGUAAAAUGACAACAAUGUAUUAAUUUAUUUAUGAAUUUCUCACCUGUAAAGUGAAGUAUUGUGAUCAUACAUUCUAUUCGUAAUUGUGAUUUUUUUAAUAUUAUUAAGUACAAAAUAUAUCGACGGAAAGAUGAGACAUGACGAAAGAUAGAUUAAAAAAGCGCGCAUUUACAUUAAUUUUGUGUCACAAUAAUGCAGUGUUGUCAUUGUUAUAUCAAUGUUUCAUCAUUAAGUGGUGUAAUAAAAAUCUUCAAGUUUCUUUAAACUUUAAUUUCUCAAUAAUUAAUAAGUGAAAUAUUGUGACUUUAAAAACUUUAUUAUGAAUUCAUUUAUUAACUAAUUUUUUAUUAAAAUCAUAAGAAUAGUUUUUUGUUGCAGCACAUAAUUAAAUGUAACAUCGACUUUUGCUAAGACUCUGUGUAAAAGUUUUACUUUGAAGUUAAUAUCGUUGAAAUUGUAAAAUUAUAUUUAUGAAGUCUUUAAGUACAAAUAAUAUAAAUUUAAUAAUUUCUUUUAAAAAUUUAUUUACGCUCGAACCAUCUUAAACAGUUAUCAAAGUAAGAAUUUCUUUUCUUUAGAAACAUAACUUUUUCAGAGUAAAGAUAGAUUUGUAAAAAAAAUACGUGUGAUGUUUCUAUAAUUGUUUUGUUAGUUAUGUUAUCGCAAAUCGUAAUUAUAAAAUAUGAAAGUUUUCAUUCUUUUUCAAGUUUACUACGAUUUUCUGUUAAUGAUGUUAUAAUUUAUAAUAAUUCUGCUAAAUAUGAUGCUAUAUUUUAUAAUAAAUACGAUUUAACUUACAUAACAUGAGUGCAGCAAAUUUUUUUAGAAUAUGUGAAUCAGUCCCAUAGUCGUGUUUUAUUAAGUUUUUGAUUAAUUUAUUUUUUGCUAAUUACAUAUUUAUUCGUAGAAUUUACUUGUUCGUCAUCACAGGUAAGUUACCAUUUGCCAUUCACAUAAUUAAUCAUAA